CUUUGAGAAAAAAAACAGCCACCAGAGAGCUUCAGCUGCCAUCAAAGGUCGGCUUGCCACCUGAAACCAGCAACUCGAAGAGCACCUACAGCUGCUGCCCAGGAGGUGCAGAGAGCAGGCGCCCGCACCCAGCUGGGGGCAGCAGGUCCGCAGAGCCCAGAGGUCAGUGGCUGGAGUGCAGAAAGAGCUCCCCUGGGCAAGAGCCAUGGCCCAGCCACCCCCCUGCUGGCUGUGGAUUCUGGGGACCCUGGCGGGGCUCUCGGCUACCCUGGCCCCCCAGUGCUGUCCAGAGAAGCAUUACUGGGCCCAGGGACAACUGUGCUGCCAGAUGUGUAAGCCAGGGACUUUCCUGGUGAAGGACUGUGACAGACACGGAGAGGCUGCUCAGUGUGAUCCAUGCAUACCGGGGGCCUCCUUCUCACCAGACCACCACAUCCGGCGCCACUGUGAGAGUUGUCGGCAUUGUAACUCUGGUCUCCUCAUUCGAAACUGCACCCUCACCGCCAAUGCAGAGUGUGCCUGUCCCAAGGGCUGGCAGUGCAGGGACAAGGAGUGUACCGAGUGUGAUCCUCCUUCAAACCCCUCACUGACACCUCGUCCAUCUCAGGCCCCAGGCCCACACCCACAACCCACCCACUUACCUUACGCCAAAAAGAUGCCAGAGGCCGGGACAGUCCGGCAGGUGCAAACUCUAGCUGAUUUCAGGUGGCUGCCUGCCCCAGCUCUCUCUACCCACGGACCACCCCAAAGGUCCCUGUGCAGCACAGACUGCAUCCGCAUCUUUGUGGUCCUCUCUGGAAUGUUUCUUGCUUUCACCAUGGUCGGAGCCCUGUGCCUCCAUCAACAAAGAAAAAAUGGACUAAACAAAGAAGAAAGUCCAGUGAUGCCUGCAGAGCCUUGUCCUUACAGCUGCCCCAGGGAGGAAGAGGGGGGCGCCAUCCCCAUUCAGGAAGACUACCGAAAACCAGAGCCUGCUUCCUACCCCUGAGCGUGCUCGCCUUGGGGGGUGGGGAGGUCAUCACUACAAUAAAAUCCCAGCCUCAGUCCCACCCCAUUGGCCACCCAGGCCGAUGAGCCGAAUGAGACCUGGCACCCCCGGUUUCAGUACCAUCCUCUUAUCAGGACCCUUUCCUGUGUGCAGACUUGAGAGCGUGACUUUUGGAGACUGGCAGUGACAAGGACACGAGGGGAUGCGGUGGAGGGUGGGUCACAGGCGCCCGAGUGUGCCCUGGCUCAGCCGGCUUCGCCCCUGCGCUGCACUGGAGGGCUGAGGCCCUAGCUGGAAAACACACUUCUGCCUACGAACCCCCACGUGCUGUAUCACUGACGUAGAAAUUCUGCAAAAUAAAGUGACGGCCAGCCACACACCGAUGCUCUCCGCGCGCGCUCUGAAAUUCAAUCUCUGCGCGCCAGCCACUCCCAGAUCCGGGAUCUGAAGGAGGAGCUCUCUCCUGGGCGGACUGGUGCUAGGGGCCCGCCCCAGUCGCCGAAGGAGGACUGCCAGGGGGUGUGGCACCAACCGAAAAUGAAGAAAGGUUCCCAGGCUCCUGGGGAUCCUGCUUCUGGCUUCGGUCUCUGCCUCCCCCCACCCCCUCCCUUACUUCGGCUCCGCUCUCUUGGGUGGGGGGUCCAAGGGUGCAUGCCGUUGAAGUCAGGUCUUGACAGAACGAGACGAUUUGCGGGAGGCGGGGGAAGAAAAGAGAACCGUGAUCACGACGCUGGCACGCGCGCCUAGUUAGUGGUUUCACUCCCAGGCAGAAGCAGCCGCGGUGACACUCGAAGUGAAAGCGAAAGAGCAGGAGGCCAAGGGCUGGAGAGGAAGCUACAGGCCAGAAAGUGUGGUUCGGAGAGCCCCCUCUUCUCCAGCCGGGACGCGCCCGCCGGAGCAGUGGGGAAGGGCGGCGGGGCGGGGCGGGAGGGGUGGCAGCGCAGCCCCCAUGGGCGCGGGGCAGGGCUGGUGCCUGCUGCUCUGCCUGGCCCUGUCCCGUGUGGCGGCAGACCCAG